AUGGUCGCAAUUUGCACCAACGGGCACCUCAUGUGUGCCGGCUGCUUCAUCCACCUGCUGGCGGAUGCCCGGCUGAAGGAGGAGCAGGCCACCUGUCCCAACUGCCGCUGUGAGAUCAGCAAGAGCCUGUGUUGCCGAAACCUGGCUGUGGAGAAGGCAGUGAGCGAGCUGCCGUCAGAGUGUGGCUUCUGCAUGCGGCAGUUCCCCCGCUCCUUGCUGGAGAGACACCAGAAGGAGGAGUGCCAGGACAGGGUGACUCAGUGCAAGUACAAACGGAUCGGGUGCCCAUGGCAGGGGCCAUACCAUGAGCUGACUGUGCACGAAGCCGAGUGUACGCACCCAACAAAGACCGGGAACGAACUGAUGGAGAUUCUGGAUGAAAUGGACCAAACGCAUAAAAAAGAAAUGCAGCUGUAUAACAGCAUCUUCAGCCUGCUGAGCUUUGAGAAGAUUGGCUAUACAGAAGUUCAGUUCCGUCCCUACAGAACAGACGACUUCAUCACGCGCCUCUACUACGAGACGCCCAGGUUCACCGUGCUGAACCAGACCUGGGUGCUCAAGGCCCGCGUCAAUGACUCUGAGCGCAACCCCAACCUGUCCUGCAAGCGCACUCUCUCCUUCCAGCUCAUUCUGAAAAGCAAGAUCAACUCCCCUAUGGAGUGCUCCUUCCUGCUCCUCAAGGGACCCUACGACGAUGUGAAAAUCAACCCUGUGAUCUAUCACUUUGUCUUUACCAAUGAAAACAAUGAGACGGAUUACGUGCCGCUCCCCAUCAUAGACUCCGUGGAAUGUAACAAACUGCUGGCGGCCAAGAACAUCAACUUGCGGCUUUUUAUAUUCCAGAUACAGAAAUAGGCAAGGCUUAGUUAUGCUGGAAGUUACCAAGAAAGCGCCACUGAACCACAGUUACCUCGUAUGGCUGCCUGUGCCAGUUGUGAUCUCACACUAAUUCGAUCAUUUGAAAAAAAACAAAAAGGAAACGAAAGCAAAGCGUCUGCAUGUGUAUGCAACAGCGUAAGCAGUCACCGCCUCCCUCCUCCUUCCCCUUUCCCCAUCUGCACUAGGGACAGCCAGGAACGGAGCCAGACCCCUCCUGGAGGGCUGGCAUGGGGGGGACUGGCAGCCGGGUGCCCCCUGGUUGCGGCUGAGUGAAGAGCGCUCUGGAACGCAAGUCGGGGAGCCGUGGCUCCGACCCGUUCUGCUGUGCCACGGAGGAGCAGAGGGAUGGUGUUGUGGUUAAGUGUGUGGCCAUGGUGUUGCAGCGUGGGGGCUGUGGAGGGGGUGGUUUUACCUGUAUCUCCUCCUCCUUCCAGCCGCCCAUUGGUAUGAACGAACCCCGAUAACUGUUAGCGUCCCAUUUCGGUUAUGGGGCGGGGAGUGCUGGGGCAGCUCUCUCUGGAAGACAGGGCUGGGGAGCGCGGAGUUUCUUACCGGAUGUGCAGCGUGGGGCCUCUCUCUCUUUUACUAGUUAGAAUAAAAACCUGGGGAUUUUUCAGUCGGUCCUAUUUUUCUUUCCUUUCAGAAGGUGCCAGCCAGUGGUUUGGGGAGCUUCUGCCCAUGGGGUUGAAGUUCCACCCUCCAGUGGGAAGGGGUGGAGGCAGGGAGAGGCAAUGUUACUGUAGUGCAUUACGUUUGAAAAAGUUCCAAAGAACCCAACCCCCCAUUGUAUAUAGUUUGUACAAACUAACCCUUCAUUCCAGUAUUCCUUCCCCUGGCCACGGGGUCCAGCCGUUAACUGUUGCAAUGGUUUGUCGUGGAAGAGUCGGAGAGGCACGGUGAGGAUGACAAAAGGCCUACACUGGACAUUGCACGAUCUCCUCUGGAGUUGUGACACAGACCUCCUGGACUGAGCCGGCUUUCCUGGUAAUUCCCAAGCAAAGAUACCUUGACUGUCUAGGAACGUAGAAGUGGGUUUAUUGGACUGUUCUGGUGGCCAGUGGAUCAGAACGGUUCUUAGUCCUCUUCCCCCACAAGUGACAUCAUGGGAUGAUACAGACAGAGCGCCGUCUCUCAGAUUCAUUUUGUAUUGCCCUUCACGGAGAAAUAACCGAGAGGCCAUUUCAUUUCUUUCCGCAGCUGCGUGCAACAUAGUGCAGGCUGACAUUUUACCUGAGACCAGAGGAGCUCCGUAGACACCGAAUCUAAAUUCGCUCAGCCCUUUCGGAAUGCAGGGUGAAAUUCUGUCCCUUUCCGGUUUUGCCAAAACUUGAUUUUCUUGCAAAACAGGAAAAAAAAAAGAGUUCCAGGCUCUUCUAGCAAUUAUGCAAUUUUACAGUGUGAUAAAUAUUUUUUAUAUAUUGACUA